UAUUUUAUUUUGCCUCGGUACGGGAGCCGAGCGGGGACCAGCUGGUUACGCAGCGGCCGUGGGUCUCCACCCGAGAGUAUGGCGGCUGGGAUUGCUCCGGAAAGCGAGGGAGAAGCGGAGACAUGCCAGAGAUGGUGAAAAAGAAACAAAGAGACGCAAGUUCUUUAAUGAAGUGUGGAGAUAGUUUCAGUAUGUGCUGUUUUCCUGAGGUGGCAUCCGACUUGAAAAAUUGCUUCUGCAGUUAAUUCUAGCGGGCUUAAGCCAGCGUUUUUCCAGUGUCCUCGAUGGAGCAAGUUUGUUUUUUUCUGAUGCAUAGACAGGGGUGAGUUAAGCAGAUGAAAACCAGCACGCUCCACAUCAUCGGGCGAUAUUUUCUUCCUCCCUGUGCACAUUUUCGGACAAUUGCACUCCUCGGAUGCCCGUAUAGCUGUCAGUGUCUGGUCUGCAUCGGGGAAUUUCUACAAUGAAAUCCAUCUUGGGGCACCGAGUCUUUGUGCUCUGCCAUAGCUGAGCAGCGGCCAGCAAGACUGUAUUAUUGACAACCCGUUCAAAAUGGGACACGAAUAGUGAAUGUGAUUCGUGCGGGAACAUUUUGAGUUCAUUUCAAUGACGCGCGGAGAUUUGAUACUUUACUAUUUGAUUUAAUCCACGAUGCGCGAGUAUAAAGUGGUGGUCCUGGGCAGCGGUGGGGUCGGGAAAUCCGCCCUCACUGUGCAGUUUGUCACCGGGACGUUCAUAGAGAAGUACGACCCCACUAUAGAGGAUUUUUACCGCAAGGAGAUCGAGGUGGACUCGUCACCCUCGGUGCUGGAGAUCCUUGACACCGCUGGUACCGAGCAGUUCGCCUCCAUGCGGGACCUUUACAUCAAAAACGGUCAAGGAUUCAUUCUGGUCUACAGCCUUGUCAACCAGCAGAGCUUUCAGGACAUAAAGCCGAUGAGGGAUCAGAUCAUAAGAGUGAAAAGGUACGAGAAGGUUCCUGUGAUCCUGGUGGGGAACAAGGUGGACCUGGAGAGCGAGAGGGAGGUAUCGUCCAGUGAAGGUCAGGCCCUGGCCGAGGAGUGGGGCUGCCCGUUCAUGGAGACCUCGGCCAAGAGCAAAACCAUGGUAGACGAACUGUUCGCUGAGAUCGUGCGGCAGAUGGACUACGCCGCCCAGCCAGACAAGGAUGACCCCUGCUGCUCCUCUUGCAAUAUACAAUAGCCCCGGGAGCCUCCAGGAACGCACCGGGCUAAAAGUCUACUUAGAAGAAGCUACUGCGACCUGCAGCAGAGAGACACACACUUAGACACACGCACACACACACACACACACACACAUGCACAAGCCAAUUAAACGGAAGAAGAAAAUUCAUGGUUGAACGCGAUGGAUUUGAACUCCACUGAGCGUAAAAUCAGCAGUGACAUGAUUAUUAAUAGCGACAUGUGAGUAAGGAAUACAUUUUGAAAGAGGAAUGCCAGGAAUUUGCCGCAAGAGAAAUUGACAAAUGAGAAAAAGGAACGUGCCCUCGCCUUAUGUUACUCUCUGUUGUUUGGGUUUGUUUUUAUCCUUUUCAGUUCAGGGGGGAGAAAUCAUCAGCAAACAGUCACAGAUCAGGAUAUUUACUCUUUAGGUUGUUCUACAAUCUGGUAUAAAUGUGUUUUGUUUAUUACAGAAGGUGCAUUUCUUUGUUUCCAUGACUACUGUGCACAAAUCCACUAACACAUUUCUGGGAUCCAGUUGUUUUAAAUAUUAAGGACUAUUUGAUUUACAGUAUACACACAUUUUUCUCCCAGCUUAUGUUGUGCAGUGGUUGGUGGGAGGCCGUUCUACUCGUCACAGGGCUGAACCAAAGAGGUGACAUGGAAGCCUCCCAUUUUCUUUCUUUCACUCUUUAAAAAAGGAAUAGAGAGAAAACGGUAGAUAAGUCAGUAUUAUUCUUGAAACAUGGGUGCAGUCAACUCUUUCCUAUUUUCUCCCUUUGAGAUACAAUAGCAAAACAAUAGCAGAGUCUUUCACAUAUCAUGUGAUGUUUCAUUUUCCUCUCUGGGAGACUCUUGACAGCAGAUUGCCGAGUAGUAAUAUAACUAACUGCUUCAUCCUGAUGGGACUAAGAGUUCAUUUUUUUCAGUGUUUGAAUAUCUCUGCAGACUCUUUUCAGGAAUGGGUGACAUUUAAAGUGAAGAUGCCAACAUUUGUCAUACUAAACAUUUUUAUUUUCCUCCACCGAUCAAUAUGAAAUGGGGUUUCUACAUCCUGAUCCUAUUCUGUAUGUGCUCAGUAUUCAAAUCCAUAGUAACGACGAAGGCCAUGAUAAUAAGAAUAAUAAAUGGUAGUGUAAAUAUUUUGUAUUGAAAGUGCCAGCUCCUGUGAAGACACUUGACUCAACACAUGUGGAAUUGUCAACUGUAUGCAUGGCUAGUAAACAAAACAAAAAAGGACUCUUGUUUUGAGAUAAAUAUAGGGUGUGGAAAUGUGCAAACUAAACACAUACAUACUGUCUCAACUGUACAUCUGUGUUGCGACGGGAACCAGACUUUCCCAGUGUAACCAUUUUCAUUGUUGAUUUUCUAUUUUUUUAUGUGACUCAUUUACUCUUCAUUCCCUCUCUGAAUGGUGACACUGUUACCUUUGACACCUAAACAAUAAAAGUGCGUUCAACACUC